UUUUACAAGCAGUACGAUAUUCAGAUACAUACACUACUUUACAUGACAUCUACAAUCAGGCGCAUUUAAAAAAAAUGAUGAUUAAUGCUAUGUUUGAACGGCAAUAGAGAGCCAAAUAGUGUUUACCUAAACAGCUAAUUCGAGAACUAUGGAUCUAUAAAAGGUACGUGCGGUGAGCCAACGCAGAUGUCUAAUUGGGUUGUAUCACAGACAUACUUCUUGGCGUUUUGACUUUUUGUAAAGAGUGCUUUACAAGCCUAAGUACAACUUGCCAUUUUUGCAAAAUUUGCGAUUGGAGGAACACUACUAUAAGUUUUUGUCUGAAAUUAUGACAGUGCCGAGGAUCUCCUUCUGGAUGGUUCUCUCUUCGAUUUGCAUUACCAUCGAUGGAAGAGGUUGCGGCAGCGGAUAUCAUGUCUACAAUUUUAUUCAUCUUCCGGAUGAUAUCAGACGAUUCAGUGUUAACACAACUUUGGAUUUUCAUACUGCUAUUGAUCACGUGCACCUUUCGUUCAGGCCGAGUAUCUCCUCGACUACGUUUAAUUUUAAAAUUAGAGUAGAGAAAGAAGAUCAAAAUUGGUUGGAAUUUGAUUUUUACGAAGGAAACGAGAAGUUUGAGAAAACAGUAUUUGAUGGUUACAACAUCUCGAUAUUAUAUGAAGACAAAAACUUUGUGAUCAAACGUGCCAACGGUUCAACAAUAUUUCAGACGAAUAAUAAUAUUAUGGCUAACUCAAAACCCAGAUAUUUUUGGUACGACGUAAAUAUCCAGAUUUUAGGGUGUGAAAUAGGUUUGAGCGACCACUGUAGUGCGGAGUAUUUAGGAACAACCACCACUCGGCCGUUAGAGGUAAAGUGUGCACUAACUGAAUGUGUUUGGGAAAACGAUAGACGCAAUGGCGUAUUUAAGAAGUGCAAUAAAAAUUGCAUAGACUCGACUGCAAACUGCACAGACUAUCUCACAAUGAUUGGAUUUGAUAGUAGUGUGUAUGUUAACACCACCCUCCCUACCCUCGGGAAUACUAUCGCUCCCAGCUCUGAGACACAUAUGCAGAUGAACACAAACAACUACCCGAUUCAGAGCCAUUUUAGUACUAAUGUGAUUCCUAAGAUAGAAUCGACUGAGCAGUCCAAAACAGAAAUUUUGCGGCAGUCCAAAACAACGGCAGUCCAAAACAGAAAUUUUGCGACUGGAGACAAUAGGGUAGGGGAUAGUGAUUGGGCAGAGCCGCAGCAUACCACGUUAGUCAAUAGCAAAAUAAAUACGAUUCGAUAUAGUGGAGAUGGGGAUAGUGGUGAUUAUGCGUCCAGCUUGCGGACAACUGAAACGUCAGUCAACGAAAUGGAAACUGCUAGAUAUUUGCACUCAGAAUAUCGCAGCACAAGCCCUCGUCCAACUACAGUGUCAGAUAUGACAACUACUGGGAUUGGAGUAAUGGCUAGCGAUUUUGAAGAGAGUAGUGAUAAGAAUGAACCAAUGACAGAGAAUGAAGAUAUCGAGGCUGGAGUAGUGACUACUGAUAUUGGAGUCGUUAGUGAAAUGAAUGAAAGACCAACAAAGAAUGUUUUCGAGACAGAUGACCAUAUGAUUCCAGGUAUUCGUUGGACUACAAGUAUCAUUUUUUUGAUAGUAUUUACUGUCGCUGGCGUGAGCACGUUUGUGAUUGGCUGUUUGUGUGUUUUACAUGGCUUACUAAUACAGCCCAAGGAAAGACUUAAAGUCUUGCCAGAAGAAGCUGUAAGAAGAGAUAUGAAAGAAAAGAAUUAACGCAACGGCAGAGGUGAUGAUGCAAGUUACGCCUAGACACAAUUCACAAAGAAAUUAGAGGACUUACCCUAUGUAAUAUGAAUGAAUAUCUUCAACCUAUGAAUUCUAACGUUACCACCAGUCCAGUACCGGUAAAUGCAAACAUAUAGCAACCAAAAAAGGCUUAUCGUUACUCACUCUACCCAAAGACAAUUCCUGCAUGGAAGCAGUUUGACCGGGCUAGAACUGCUCCAAAUAUUACCAAUUUUAAAGAUAUAUUGAACACCAUCGAUAUUUAAUGUAAUCAAAGCACAUUUCGCUAUCAAUUAAUAAUUUUACACGCGACCCUGACCAACGUACGCGAUAACCAGUAUAACAGAUACAGAUACAAAUACGAACUGCGUAAUGACAUUUAUUUUAAGUUUAAACUUAUUGUAAAUAUGCAAGUAAAAUACAUUGAGUGAAAUUGUUUGGCAUGAGAUGAUCAAGAAAGAUUUAUGGCCCUUCCAUUGGGCAGCUGAAGUACAGUAAGCUAACUAAACCACCAAAAUAAUGCUGAGGCGCGCGGAUGCAGUGGGGGCGGGGAGGGUGCAGACGGUGUGAUCGCACCAACCUAAAUUGUAUUAAGAAAUUGUAUGUAAUUGUUGAUAAUAUGAAUUACCGGUAAGAUUUGGUAUGAGAGUGCAAUUUCCCGGCACCUAGCGGUUCCUUUUUUUUCUCAAGAUUUUGCAACCUCAGCCCCAACCAUUGUUGGGGCUGAGGUGGUGACUCUCACGCACUACCUACCGCCAACUCCUGCAUACGCCCCAGAAUAAUGUACCCAAGAUGCAACGAGAUCAAAUUAAAAAUAAAAUCGAUAUAAAAUGCGGUGAAGCGCAAUGCACAAUGCCACGAAAGGUUGUAAUUUCGGCGUUUCUUUAAGUCCUCCCUUCUGUCCUAGGUAAAAUCAAUCGUUGGUUUGUCCCACCUACAUGAAUACAGUAAUAUAGACGACUCUACUUCAAACUCGUUGGACUCUUUUAGUAUGUUCCUAAACGUUACAAGAACAAUCUAAGUAGGGUAAAAUAAUAUUAAAUGAAGAUAUCAAUAUAUUCUCCGCCGGAUAGAAUACAUUUUUAAUGAGUCUAACACUGUUUAGUUAUAUAGGUUUGGCUAAGGGCUGUGGGAGCGUCGAAUAAAAUUGUCUCACCUACAUGAAUACGGUAAUAUAGACGACGCUACACUGCAAGAACACUAAGUAGGGUAAAAUAAUAUUAAAUGAAGAUAUCAAUAUAUCCAUAAUGAACCAAUACUGAUAGAUCUCGUACUUUGUUCGGUUCUAUUUAGUAUAAUACCAAGUUAAUAAAAGUUUUAUUUGUAUUAUUCCUAUCGUUAUUAUAAGAAAAAUGUAAACAUAAUAUUCUUG